AUGGCUUGCAAGAAACGUUCUGGUGGUUCAAACAUACUUAAAGGGGUAGAUGAAAUUGUGGACGUGUUAAGUUAUGCUCUCGACCUUGGAAUAAAGGUUGUUGAUACGUUGAAUUCAACUUUUGGCCUUGUUCAAUGUUGUUUCAUGGAAUGCUUGCUCUCUUGUUAUGUGCAAAGUGAGUUGAGAGGUGAGGCUGUGAAUCUGUUUAAGGAAAUGGUGAGGAGCCUAGGAAGGAUGCUUUAUGGGCUUAUGCUAGAGAUGGGGCUUGAUUUGGAUUAUUAUUGCAGGUUUUGUGUUCUUCGUGAUCGCAAUGAGUUGACUUUGAUGCUUUUGGAUGACAUGAAAAUCUCAGGAAAUUCUCCCAAUAUGCUAUAUAUCACUGUCAAGUGCUUUAAAGGCCUGUGUUGCAAUGUGUUGAAGGAGUUGGAUAGACAAUUACAUUCUAGUUUGAUAAAGAUGGAUGCUGAGUCAUAUUUGGUUGCUUCCGUUGGACUUAUAGAUAUGUAUUCCAAGUGUGAAAUGAUGGGUGAUGCAAUAAGUGCUUAUGACAAGGAAGGACGUUAUUGCAUGUACUGCUUUAAGCUCUGGUUACUCGCAGUGUGGCGAUGA